ACUAUGAUCGCCAAUGCGCAAGGGCGUGGAUGACUUGCGGUUCGCCACGCUUCUGCUAUAAAAGACCACGAGAGCUCGCCCACCCAAGUGCUGGCUGGCCAAUUUAGAACAUCCGCUUUCCAGAACUUGCAAAUAUGAACAUGCCAGAUAAGAUUGUGGGCGGCUGCUUAUGCGAAGCAGUCCGCUAUCAGUUCGACGUGGGAUCGAGCACAAUACCUCCGUCAACAUGCAAAUGUACUCAGUGUCGCAAGCAAUCAGGCGCCCUCAACGUGCACUUCCUCAAGGUGCCCCUCUCCUCGCUGUCCUGGCUGCGGAACAAGGAGACGUGGUCGCGGGACGCCCCUCCUGACCUGACGAUAUUCCGGGCGUCGCCAGGCUCCCCGGAGAUCACGCGUGGCUUCUGCGCAAAGUGUGGAGGUCUCGUCUACUGGCGCGAUGGGAGAACCGACAUGACAAGCAUCACCCUGGGCACCUUUGAUGAGGGCAUGCUCCGGGGACGGAGUAGCGUGCUCGCGGAUGCCAAGGCACGCCUCUAAUGCAGCAGAAAAUCAAGGAACAGAGGGCGAGAAUGCUGUCCUAUUGUCGUAGCCAGAUGGUAUCUAUGUAAAUUCGAGAUC